CACAAGCCAAAUUCGGAGCCCAUCCGUGGGGCCGAACUUCCAAACAUAAGCGAUUGCUUGGGCAGCCGGCUUAGGAGCUGUCGGUGGCCAAGCAGCAUGUCAGCUGAGAUGCCGAUCCAACUGAAAAUGAAUCCCCAGGACCUCCAGAUCCAGACACAUACAGUGGAGAAGCUGUUAGAACCUCUCAUAAUCCAGGUCACGACACUGGUGAAUUGUCCCCAGAAUCUUUCUAAUAGGAAAAAAGGACGUUCAAAAAGGGCCCGGGUUCUUCUUGCUUCCGUUGAAGAAGCCACGUGGAAUCUGCUCGAUAAGGGGGAGAAGAUUGCCAGGGAGGCCACGGUCCUAAAGGAAGAGCUCACAGCAGCCCUGCAGGAAGUGCGGACAGAGAGUGAAGCUCUGAAGGUAUCGGCUGAAACAUUUACAGAUGAUCCCUGUUAUCUGCCUAAGAGGGAAGCGGUGGUUCAGGUUGCCCGUGCCUUGUUAGCUGCUGUCACCAGGCUGCUCAUCUUGGCUGACAUGAUUGAUGUCAUGUACCUCCUGCAACACGUGUCUGCUUUUCAGAAGACAUUUGAGUCCCUCAAGAAUGCAUCCAACAAAUCUGAUCUGCAGAAGAACUACCAGAAACUUGGCAAGGAGCUAGAAAAUCUGGAUUAUUUGGCUCACAAACGCCAGCAGGACUUAAAAUCUCCAGCCCAGCGAGAUGAGAUUGCAGGGGCCCGGGCUUCUCUCAAGGAAAACUCUCCUCUUCUGCAUUCAAUUUGUUCCGCGUGCCUGGAGCAUGAUGAUGUGGCCUCUCUCCAAGCCAGCAAGGACACGGUCUGUGAUGAGAUCCAGAAUGCCCUCGAUGUGAUUUCUAAUGCAUCACAAGGGAUCCAGAGCUCAAAGGCUGAGUUCAAGUCUCAAUCGGCCACGCUGGGAAGUGCGUUGGAUGAACUUGAGAAUUUAGUAAUCUUGGAUCCACUGACAGUGAGUGAUGAGAAAAUCCGUCCCUCACUUGAGAAGCGCUUAGAGGCCAUCAUCAGUGGGGCAGCUUUGUUGGCUGAUUCUUCCUGCACACGGGACUUUCACCGGGAACGUAUCAUCACUGAGUGUAACUCUAUCCGACAAGCUCUCCAGGACUUGCUCUCAGAAUACAUGGACAAUGCUGGGAAGAAGGAAAGGAGCAAUGCCCUGAAUGUCGCAAUAGAUAACAUGUGCAAAAAGACUCGAGACCUGCGUAGACAGCUCCGUAAGGCCAUUAUUGACCAUGUAUCAGACUCUUUCUUGGAUACAACAGUCCCCCUUCUGGUUCUCAUAGAAGCAGCCAAGAAUGGGAGAGAAAAGGAAAUGAAAGAGUAUGCUGCUAUAUUUCGUGAGCACACCAACCGGCUUGUCGAGGUGGCUAAUCUUGCUUGUUCCCUGUCUGCAAAUGAAGACGGAAUAAAAAUUGUUAAGACAGCAGCCAGUCACAUGGAGACAUUGUGCCCGCAGGUUAUCAACGCAGCUCUAGCUCUCACUGCCCGACCCAAAAGCCAGGCAGUAAAAUCCAAUAUGGACAUGUAUAAGCGCCUGUGGGAAAACCACAUCCACGUCCUCACUGAAGCAGUAGAUGACAUCACAAGCAUUGAUGACUUCCUUGCUGUCUCUGAGAGCCACAUCCUGGAAGAUGUCAACAAAUGUAUCAUUGCUCUAAGAGAUCAAGAUAUUGACAAUUUAGACCGUGCAGCUGGAGCAAUCAAAGGACGGGCCGCAAGAGUUGCUCACAUCGUUAUGGGAGAAAUGGACAGUUAUGAGCCUGGGGCUUACACUGAAGGAGUGCUGAGGAAAGUUGGCUACCUUACCAACAAUGCAAUCCCAGAGUUCAUCACCCAAGUCAACAUUGCCUUGGAAGCCCUCAACACGAAUGCCAUGCAUCAGUUUGAUGAUAGCCAGUUUGUGGAUGCCUCCAAAAAGGUCUAUGACUCAAUCCACGAUAUCCGCUGUGCUGUCAUGAUGAUCAGGACUCCUGAGGAGCUAGAAGAUAUUUCAGAUCUGGAAGAAGAUCAUGAUGUUCGCAGUCACACGAGUGUUCAGACAGAAGGGAAGACAGACAGGGCUAAAAUGACUCAACUACCUGAGGCUGAAAAGGAAAAGAUUGCAGAGCAAGUAGCUGAUUUCAAAAAAGUCAAGAGCAAACUGGAUGCUGAAAUUGAGAUAUGGGAUGAUACCAGCAAUGACAUCAUCGUCCUGGCCAAGAAGAUGUGCAUGAUUAUGAUGGAGAUGACAGACUUCACCAGGGGCAGAGGCCCAUUGAAGCACACAACUGAUGUGAUUUAUGCAGCUAAAAUGAUAUCCGAAUCGGGCUCAAGGAUGGAUAUCCUUGCUCGGCAGAUCGCCAAACAAUGCCCUGACCCAUCCUGCAAGCAAGAUUUAUUGGCUUAUCUGGAACAGAUAAAAUUCUAUUCUCACCAGCUCAAAAUAUGCAGUCAAGUGAAAGCUGAAAUCCAGAAUUUGGGAGGAGAACUAAUCAUGUCUGCUUUGGACAGUGUCACCUCUCUAAUCCAAGCUGCCAAGAACUUGAUGAAUGCUGUAGUCCACACCGUGAAAAUGUCCUACAUUGCCUCCACCAAGAUCAUCAGGAUCCAAAGUUCUACAGGGCCCCGACAUCCUGUGGUCAUGUGGAGAAUGAAGGCUCCUGCCAAAAAGCCCCUGAUUAAACGAGAGAAGCCAGAGGAGGUCUUUGCAGCAGUGAGAAGAGGAUCUGCUAAAAAGCAAAUCCACCCUGUCCAAGUCAUGAGUGAAUUCAGAGGAAGACAAGUCAACUAGACUGGCUACUCGACUCCAGCUAAUCCAUUCUUAGAGCCCUGCUCAAUUCACUGACUUGAUUUUCACUAGAUCAGUUCCUUGCUCAAUUCACUGCUUUUGUUUUCACUAGAUCAGUUCCUUAAGUGCACUAAUAAUUGAACAAGUAGCAUAAGAUAUAUAGGGCUAGGUGGACAACUCUAAGAAAUAUAGCUUCACACCAUAUCUUAUAUUUGGCAAAAAGUUCUCAAAGUUGUUGGUUCAAUUCCCCUUGUAUCAUCUCAAGAACAAUCUUCUACUUCUCUCUAUCCUACCUGUUUUUAUGAAUUUCAGUAAUCACCCACUUAUUUAGGGUAUUGAAUGGAAAGAAUCACUCAAAAAUACUUAUUAAGUGUCCAUUGUGUACCAGGCACUGUGCUAUGAGCCAGGGAUACAUAUCAAACAAAUAAUUUCAUCAUGAAGCCUUUUGAUAUUAUUUACUACUGCCAACCAUUGUGUCUGGCAAGCAGUAGACCCAAUAACAUACUAGUCAAUAGAUUGUUAGAUUAAUUAAAAAAUAUGCAAUCCUCAUUCUCUUUCACUUUCCCACCUAUCAUAAGAUUCCAGUUAUCCAUAAGAUUAACCGUUACGUUUACAGAGCUAUAUAAUCAUUGAGGACAUACUUUCUAAUACUGCAGCCCAUUAAUAAUCAACUAUAUCACUCAUAGAAAUCUAACCAAGUUUCAGUAGCUAAACAACUUACUGGUUCCAGAAGUUCAAUCCAUUAUAUUUGAAGUAUUUCACAUUCAUAGAUGAAGUGCUUUUAACUUUGCACCAUUUCAGAUGAGUAUGCUCAUAAUAAUUAGCCAAUGCACAGGUCCCUUUCUUCAAUGUAGUCAUCUGAAGUUCUGGCUUACAUAGGUCUUAAAACCAUUUGCUGAAUGAAUAGAUCAUCACCUAUUGUGGGAAUGAAGAGAGUAUAGUAGAUCCAGGUGGGGCGGGGGUGUUUAUAAUAGAAGAAACAAAAACAAGUUUUCUCUGUAAGCCCAAAAUCCCUUCAUCAAUCCAUAACUUUUAUAAGAAGAGGGAGUAUUGGCUUGAAAAUUUAGCUCUGAAAUUGGCUCUGAAUAUUUAGAGAACUUUAAAAAAAAAAUUAAUGUUGUAUAUUACUUCAUUGAAUACCAAAGGCAAGUUUGUAGUAGUGAUUCCAGACUGCUUUUGAUAACCUUGUAAUACAAGCCUUUACAAACUUUUCUAAUACCAAUCCCUAUUAGUAGGCCCUAUUCUAGUAUAUAGUUGCCUAUAAAAACACAAAUUGCUCCCUAAAGCUGCCUUCUGACCAUGCUCACAUAUAGCACUUGUCUUUCAAAAAACCCUUUGAUAGUUAAAUCUCAGUUUUCUUGCUAGUCAAUCCUCAAGGACUUCGGUGGUCCUUCAGAGGCCAUAUAGUACACUGAAAAAAUAAAGAAAGAAAUCAUCAAAGACAUGCAUUCAAAUCCCACCUCUGUCAGUGAUUAUAAAAUCUCAUAGACUUAAUAUUUUCCAAUGUAAAAUAGGGACAAUAAUCGCAACAAUACUUUCAACCCAGAUUUGUCUAGGAAAUCGAAUGAGAUAGUGCAGAUCACAUGUUUGAUAAUCAUUAAAGGGAUCCAUCAAAGGUGAUGUGGUUUUACGGAAGGCUGCUGAAAUCAGGAGAAACCUGAGUUGGAAUCCCAUCUCUGAUAUUCUCUGGUUGUAUAAGUAUAACACAAAACAAAUCUCUUUCAGUCUUAAUUUCCUCUAACGCCUUUAAUAACCAGCAUCCUAGAUUGUUGUGAGAAUCACUUGAUAUAAUGCAUGUAAAGUGUUUUGCAAACAUUAAAGGGCUAAAUAAAUCUCAGUUAUCAUUUGUA